AUGGAAAACCAAAACAUUGUAUAUCGUGGAUGGUGUCCUUCAAACUCUUACGAAUAUGAAGUCCAUGAAGUAACCGAGCCUAUGCUUCGCAAGCGCAACGAACGUCCUAGAAAUCAUAAGAAGGGUCAUGUUGCAUUCAAAACUGUGCUAGAGGAGCCUAUAACACCAGUAGAAGAAGAAACUGCGACUAUUACUGAACCUGAAAGUGUGAAUUCUUUUCGGAGUAUUGAUAGUAAAGCUGAUGCGUUUAUUAAGAUGGAGCACAGGAGGCUUGAAUUUGCCAGACUCAGGUCUUUGGGGCUUGCCUGA